GAUUGUCUUGUAUCCAUGAAAUUUUUGUUUGAUUUAAAAAAAACGUGCAGCUGUUAUAUAUCAACGUUGAAAAGAAAAAUGAACAAUGAACUAUUCGAUCAUUGUUGUCAUUGGAUCCUGGAUGUCAACCACCUCUCCAGAAAAAAAAUUUGGAUAAAUUCGAUGAAUUUUUUCGUUCAUCACUUUGAUUCACAAUUUGACUUUUCUAGUGUUCACAUGAUUGUUUGAUUGAUUGAUCAAAAAAAAUGAAUUUUUCGCUCUUUCUAUCAUUAUGGUGGAUUUUUCCAAUAUUUACAAGUGCCAUCACCAAUUCCUCCGAUUAUUCAAUGAUUUCAGCAAUUCGUAAUAAAAUAUUUAAUGGUUAUGAUCCAAUGGCUCAUCCAGUAAUCAAUCAUACACAUCCAAUAAGUGUACGAAUGAAAAUGCGUUUAUUACAUUUUGGUCUAGAUUCUCGCCAGAGUUUACUCAAUUUUCAUAGCUAUUUUCGUAUCGAAUGGUCAGAUCCAUAUCUUAAAUGGAAUAAAAGUGAAUUUCGUGGUAUAAAACGAAUCAAUGUUCAUAUGGAUGAUGUAUUCACACCGGAUUUAAUUCUAUACAAUUCAAUACAACCAACGAAUAUGAUGAAAAAAUUUAAUCACACUGAAUUGAUUAUUACAUAUGAUGGCACAAUAUUUUGGUCACCAUUACUACGGAUGCAAUCAUUUUGUAAGCUAGAUCUUUAUAAUUGGCCAUAUGACCAACAAAGUUGUUCACUUAUAUUUAUAUCAUGGUCAUAUCCAGCCGAUGCAUUGGCUCUUUACAUUUCUACUAAAUCAAUAAAUCUACGGGAUUUAUGGCCAAAUAAUGAAUGGAAAAUAAUUAAUUCAACAUGUGAUACAAUAAUUGUUAGUGAUAUUCCUGGCCGUCCAAAUAUGUUUUUUCCCGGUGUACAAUAUAAGAUAUUUAUGCAGCGUCGUCAAACACCGUAUUCCUAUCUAAUCAAUAUUCCAAUCAUAUGCACGGUUAUUUUGAAUGUUAUAUCGUUGAGUUUGGUAAAUCCAAAACGAAAAAUUCGAUUUCACUUGAAUCAGCUAAGUUUUUUCAUCAUUCUAUUCAUAUCAUUUUAUCCAUCAUACAUAUUGGGUCCAGCAAUGUUUGGUACAACUCAACUUGUAAAAUUUCUUGGUUCAAUGUUAAUCACAAACGCUUCAUUAAUGUUUUGGUCUACAAUAGCCAGCAAUGUAAUCGAAUCAAAAUCAAAUCGAAUUGCCGAAAAAAUAUGGAAUUAUAUUACUGAACCAGCAUUACAUUGGCGAUUAAUUCAAUCAUUCAAUCAUUAUGAUAUUUAUGAUAAUGAUGCUAAUGAUGAUGAUAAUGAUCGACAAUCAAUUAUC